GAGCGAAGGAAUACUGUAAACGAGCACGGACAACAACAAUAUCCGAGCCGAAAUGAGAUCAUACACACUGUAGUGAUAACAACAACCGGACUGAGAAAUUCGGCACGCUCCUGCUUGCGGCGAGAAGACAAUCACUUCGACUAAAUGUCACGAAAAACGGGAUCUUUUUUCCAUUAUUUUUGGCCGACGACGUUUUCAGACGAGCACGACGCAACCUUAGAAAUAUGAAACUUGUAUAAAGUAGCAAUUACAGCUAUUGUUGUUGUUUGGGUGUGUCACAUGCCAUGAGGCAAUCAAUAUAUGUUGAGAACUGGAGAAGCAACUCAUAAUCGUACAGGAAGAGCAUCUAGUGGCACUAACAACUGAGGUCCGGGAGACGAACACGUUUAUAUCUAUUGUCCUGGAAUUCGUCCAGAUCCACAGAUCUUACAAUGGAUAAAACAUUGCAUGACCAUCAAGAUUCCAGCACCUUGAAAGACAAAACGAAAGGAAGAGAAAAGACAAUCAAAACCCACAGACAACAUCAGGAUCAAACCUUGCCAAACAUUUCUCCUCAAGGGCGUGUGCGGCUCUAUUCGGAGUCUCAUGUGUACAAGGUCAGCUUCUGGCAGGAAUCAGAGCCCCAGGAUGGAGCAUCGGCGGAGGAGAACGGAGGAACCGGAGAUGGACUUCCAUUCAGAGGUCGUUCUCAAUCUGCUCCUGCUGCGCUGUGGAAAGCAAAGAAGUAUGGGCGACAGCUGAGGAGAAUGAGUGAUGAAUUUGACACAUGGCUCGACAAAGGGGAGGUCAAAAGAGCGAAACAGACCUACCGAGGAUGGUUCUCGUUCCUUUGGAGUCCCAAAGAAGAGGAGGGCAGAGAAUGAAGUAGUCAAUAUUUUAUAUUAACAGUUACCAGAGCUGCUCUCAAAUGAAGGCUGGUCUGAUCACCAUCAUGGCCUUUUUGUUUGCUCAAACUAGUGCAAAACCAAUCUGAGAGAAGUGCUGUAUCACAAUUUACCACUGCAAUAACGUAGGUUUAAUGAAAGGAAUUGUCAGUGUUAGUUCAAUUUGACAAUCUUAAGAGACAAUCUCUCCUAAAAUAUUACAGUUUAUUGGACAAUCUUUCUAUAUACGGAUUCAAAAAUUGAAACUCUAUUUAAAAACUAUUUAUUGAAAUGUAUUUGAGAAAGAAAUGUGUUCUAUAUAGAUCUAUAGAUGUGCGUUUUUGUUGUACUAAAGGCAGGAGCGGUUGCUUGCAAAAUGUAAAUAUGAUUCAAGGACUGUGACGUCGAUUAAGUAAGUUGUGAAUGAAAUACAGGUUAGUCGCGGUAACAGUAAUACGGGUAAAGUUAUUUCAGUUCGUUCGUCGCUACAUCUCAGGUUUGUUUUUUAAUGCCAAACUGUUGUGAAUACCUAGUAAGAGUGGAUGAAAUCUGUCGUUCUGCUGUCUCUUUAAUGCUGACUGUAUUUGGAUAUGUCACCAGGAAAACAAUUCAUUACUGCCUUUCGUGUACAUAUUUCUUGAGUGUAGAGUUGUACGUAGUCUCUAUUGGAUUUUUUCCUUUUAUAUUCCAUCUGCUGGUCUUAUAUGUCAAACAACAAUCAAUUUCUGCCAAACUUGUGGGGAGGUAAAUAUGUGCACAAAUUGUUUCUCUGUACUGUCAGCCUUGCUGAUACUUUCAUUUCUUUUUUAAGCACUUUGUACAUAUUUGUACUUGUUAACAUAGAUUGGAUGAACUGUUUUAAACGCUUUUUAAAACAAUCACAAGUUUUUAUCUUUUUUCUAUAAUUUUGUGGUCAAAAUAAAAGAUUUUCUGGCUGAAAUUAA